AUGGAGUUUGAAUUGAUGGAAUUCCCAAACAUAGAAGAAAAGAAAGCAAUACUUGAAACUGCUUCAGAUAGCAUAAACUCCCUCAGCAACUUCGUCGAUUUUCUCUCUCAUAAACCUUCUCAUCUAAACUCCGAUCUCACAAACACCACCGUCGCCAACUUCAAUAAACUUUCCAGCCUACUCAACCGUACCGGCCGCGCCCGCUUCCGUCGUGCUCCCCUCCCUCAACCGCCACAGAAUCUCUAUCCCACUCCCGCUCCCUCUACCUCCACAACGCCACCUCAAGUUCAACCUCCUUCUCAGAGUCAGAACCACUCUUUAACUCUUGAUUUCACUAAACCUAACAUUUUCCGAUCUAACCCUAAGUCCUUAGAUCUAGAGUUCCAUAAAGAAGCCUUCAGCGUUUCCUCUAACUCCUCAUUCAUGUCCUCCGCCAUCACCUGUGACAUCACCGGCGACGGCAGCGUUUCAAACGGUAAACAAGGUUCAUCUCUCUUCCUUAACACCGUCUCCACCGCUAAACCUCCUCUCUCAUCUACAUCAUUGAAGAACAAAUGCCACCACGAACACUCCGACGACUUCUCCGGCAAACGCUCCGGUUCUAAUAAGUGCCACUGCAUCAAGAAAAGGAAAAAUCGGAUGAAGAGAACGGUGAGAGUACCGGCGGUGAGUUCGAGGAUUGCGGAUAUACCGGCGGAUGAAUAUUCAUGGAGGAAGUAUGGUCAGAAGCCGAUAAAGGGAUCAUCUUAUCCAAGGGGUUAUUAUAGGUGCAGUACAGUGAAAGAGUGUCCUGCGAGGAAAAAGGUGGAGCGAGCGAUGGAUGAUCCAACGAUGCUGAUUGUAACGUAUGAGGAGGAGCAUCGUCAUGAGAUUCAUAGUGCGAUGCAGGAGAAUAUUUCCGGGAGUAUGAGUUUGGUGGUGUUUGAGUCAACUUUAGGUGGGAAUUAG